AAUUGACGUUGUUGACUUAACAACAAGAUAGUGUUACUGAAACGACCUUCUGCAGCUUUUCAUUAUAGCGCAUAUUUUUGUAAGAAAAUGUCGUUUCUCGAUAGGUUAUUGACAACGAUUACAAACAAGCUUUCUGUUGGAAAGGGAGGUGUGAAAGAUUUAGGUUUCCUAACGCAAAUAUUCGCCGAUGUCCGUCAGUCCGGCUUACCCGGACACUCGGGAUCCCAGUGUACAACUCUAGCACUCACCGCAAUCCUGCACUGGGAGCUGGAGCGAUCAAAGGGGAAGUGCCCUCCUAGCCCCAAAAUGGUUAAUGACAUCAUGAGGACCGGAAAUCGCCUGCAUUCUUACUUACGAGACGAGUACAAAUUGAGCGACGUAACUGACGAUCGGAUCGCAAUGGACGACUUUCGUGUUGACGAAUUUUAUCGUCUUUUCAACGUAUUUGGCCGUUCGCACAUUUAUGUCACAGCUCGGAGAAAAGUCGUACGUUCUGUACAACGAGGAUGAACGGUUUUGGAGAUGGGUCUUAAGUCAUUUAAGACGCUCCUCGUCGACGCCGUUCCCGAGAGCGCAUUUCUUGUCACAUGUGGCGUUCUGUCUCACGCAAUCUUCAAAAACAACCAAACGUACGAGCUGUUUGACUCGCAUGGCUACAUAACAAAGUACAAUGGUCGGAAGAUCAAACGAAAGGGCUCAAUUUUCAGUUUCUCGUCUGUUGAUGAACUCAACCAGUUUGUUCUCGCCGUACACGGCGAGGGAGCCUACGUCCAGGUGGCGCAGGUGACAGUGAAACUACCAGAAGCAAAGAGGCUAUCCAAGGUGUUCCACGAGCAUGGAUAUGAGCCAUACAUAGACAAUAACCCUCUACCAGCGGGAGAGGAUUUUCCUGCCAUUCUUGAUGAUUCUUCCAUCGUGGCGGAUGAAGAUAGCGGGUACAUCGCCAUGAUUGGUUCGAGGGAUUGAAGGCGACUGAAGAUACGUGUAUAUUAAUGAGAAAAUAUGCCAACUAAAUGCAUUAGAUAAUUCUAUCCACCUUGAUACCGUGUCCGUGUAAUUGAAUGAAGACAGUGAAUUCAUUACCUAGCUUGUUUUGAUAGUCUGAAGACGUCCCCGGUGAUACAUAUGAGUGAACUAUACACACACACGAAGAAUUGCAAUGGUGGCAAGGAUACUUAUAUUUCCUACUUGUACUGUAAACACGUGAUUUUAGUCCUUAAUUAAGCAAACAAACUGUUGUAAUGAACUCGAAAAUUACCAAAAACAAACCUUGCAAUAAAAUUUACUAUAUAUGAAAUUAUAUUCAAAGCAUAUUACAGUCGACGUUGUACUCUGUCUGUGAGAUCCUCUAGAUACACACAGCUGACUUCCGGCAAAAUGUUCUCAGAAAUGUUACCAUUUUGGCUAUCAAACGUUAAAGGACCAAACACAUUGCUCAGCGUAUUUAAUAUUCACGUAACACGUUAAAAUUUUAGUUUGUUGCAUUUUAUGUUUUUUUCUUAAGUUUAUUUUUUUGUAUAUUUUACUAUUUUUAUUGUGUUAUUUUUUAUAAAUAUUUACAUAAAUCGAAUCUUUUUAUUGCAUGUAUGUUUAUUAAAUAACGCCAUGCAAGUA